GGUACAGUAGUCGAGCCCUUUCUCUAAAGACCACAAGUAAUAAAAUAACAACAUUAUCAACUGGUUAACAUACUCACCAUCACAAAGCGGAUAGACCAUGUCAUACCUUACUUACACGAUUGUACUUGCACUGUUUCAUCAACAAAUUGCGUCAAAAGCGGUUCCUGCCAACGCAGAAAAUAAUGGAACAAGUGUUUCAAACUCAUCCGUGUCUGACUACUUUAUGUAUUUCGCUUAUGGAAGUAAUCUGCUGAAGGAAAGACUGCAGCUGAAGAAUCCAUCCGCGGUUUUUGUUACAACUGGCAGUUUGAAGGAUCAUGUGAUUCAAUUUGGAUACUGGAAGAAAGAGUUCAACAACACAAACUCUUGGCAUGGUGGUGUUGCUACUAUAGAAGAGUCCAAGGGAGAUGUGGUCUGGGGAGUGGUCUGGAAGAUGGACAAGGACAACCUCAUCAGUUUAGACAAGCAGGAAGGAGUGGGAAUAGGAUUCUACAGUCCACUAGACGUUACCAUUAACACAGACGAGGGAGAGGUCCUCUGUCGCACCUACCAGAUGAACAACUUCACAGUUCACCAGACCUCGCCUCCAUACAAACAGGUUGUUUGUCUUGGAGCAAAACAAAACGGCUUACCUCUGGAUUACAUUAAGAAGCUGGAGGCAGUGGAAACCAAUGGCUACAGCGGUCCGUCCAUUUUAGAUGACAUCACCGCCUUGAAACCUGUUGAUAAAGGAAAAAGCUUGUAGAUGGUACCAGAGGAAAGAAGAUGAAAGAGAAAUCACUUACUGUAACAACCUUAAGAGGGAAAUUGACAUAAGACUCAGUUGUCUAAGUUCAAAUGUCCCUGUUGUACUUUUGUGCAACAAUCAGCUUAAGUAAAAAUGCAUUAGAGUAAAUUAAAAAAACUAAGUGGCACACUGGUAUAUAUUCCCAAAUGUUCUGUGUAAAAUGUGAACCAGUCAUUUUAGAUGUGAUACCAAAUAAAUUGAAAAAUGAA